UGCCGCUUGAGAGCUGUCAGACCUGUAGCUUACCGUCGACUCAACGCUUGCUUAGUCUACCAAGUACGACUUGAAAAUGGCCACCACCUCAAUGCCAGUCCUCCCAGUAAUUUCCACAGCUUGACCACCCACCACACCAGACGGAAACCUGCACUGUAGACCAUGAGCACAGCGUGACGCCUGAUGCUGCUCCUCCUCCCUCAUCGCCGUGGGACGCUUUUCUGCCGCCUCGAGAACGUCUACGCUCACUACUCCCAAUACCAUAGCUAUGGCUCGAGACUCGCGCGGGUCGCUGCAUGACGCGCUCCACCAGAUGCAUGCCACGCAGUCGCGCUCCGAGACGCUCACCACCUUCGAUGAUCUCACCGCUCCCCCGGCACCGGCUGGAACUGGUGAAGCCAAGGGUAUAGAACUGGUGCAGGGCGGCUUGAGUGGCCUGUAUAGUCGCCUCAGGGCGUCAGUCGGAGGCGCCAAAGAACAAGCAUCCGAUGGCUCCAGUAGUCUUUCGGUGGAAGCCAGGACUUCCCCCAUUUCGAAGCCUGGCUCUAUCUCUGUCACUAAGAGCCCCGGUGGGACAACGGUAUCUUCGCCCGUAGUCGUGUCUGUGCCGUCGUCGAGGCUACAAUCACCGUCGACAGCCACCUUCUCCAGCGCACUUCCACCUUCACGAGACUCGAACCUGUCCAGCACACCCAUGUCAAGUAAGCUUUCACUGAAUGCGUCUAAAACCUCGCUUGCUACCACGCGCUCCCGGCCGUCGAAACCCCCGAGUGUCGACUUGGGCAAGACCUACAAGGACGACGAUUCCUUUACUCAGAGCCCUAGAAGCUUGCAUUCGAAAGCCCAAAGCACCUCGAAUAUUGAACAGCCGAGAAAUAGCUCAGCAAGAGACUUCGCGCCAGGUAGGGAGGACGCUCCCAGGAGACUGAAAGCGGAGCACAAGCUCGAGAGUCAGGACAGUGACGAUACUGAAGAGGAUGAUAUGGUGGUUGUGGAGGGCGAGGGCUCUACAAACAGCAGUGCCAUCUUCAAGUUCCCGGCCGACUCGCCUCGCGAAAACUUGAGUAGAGUCAGCUCGCGCGCAGAUAGCCAAUACCAACCGGCGCGUUCUAUGCUCAACAAGGCGAGAGAUCAAUCCGAAAAGACACCAGAGGGCACCCAGAUCCCACACGUGGCCACCACCGCGCGACUACCUGUUCUUUCGCCCGAGCCGCAGCGUCCACAACUGCUAAAGGUUGGCCCUUCACAUUUACCAGGCUUUCGCCCCUCAAGAGCAUCCUCGUCGGAUGGCCUGAGCUCCAUCAUUACCUCGUCCACCGUACGCACUCCUACAAUUGCGCCCAUCGAAGAGAUCCAACGACAAGCUCACGAUAAGCCCGCCGUCGACAUGCUGUCCAAGAAUGCGUUCACGCAGAUGAGAAGGAAGAUCCUGGGCCGAGAAUUUUGGAUGCGGGAUGAAAAUGCGAAGGACUGCUUCAACUGCGGUGAUGCCUUCACUACCUUCCGCCGGAAACAUCACUGUCGAACCUGCGGGCAGAUCUUCGACUCUAAAUGCACGUCCAUUGUUUCUGGGAAGAUCUUCGGGCAGCAGAGCAAUCUAAAGGUAUGCAAGCCUUGUGAGGCCAUCAUAUACGGCCACGACGAUGAUUCAUCCGAGUACACAGACGAAGGAGAUCAAGCAUCAAACUACGAUCAUGGGGAAGCAGGUGAGGAUCUCGACGAAUCUGAGCUCGAAGCACCAGAAAGCGAUUACACCAAGAUCGGAACACCAACCAUCAGUAUACCCAUGUUCAGAAAGACGGGCAGCGAGAAGAAACGCCGGUCCCAUGUCAUCGAAGUCGGCCCUCAAACCUUAGCCAGACCAAGUUCGUCCCGGUCGUUGCGGUCUCUGAGUGGACGACCGCGUUCGUCGAGCCACAAACGCUACCAUUCGAGACAUCAACACAUGCGCCAUCCCAAACACGACCACCGUGCGCCUUUCCACCAGUACCAUGACCUUUCACGUGGCCAGCCGAGUCUAUCUGCCUUCCACCAUGAUAACAUUAUCGAUCCAGAUCUUGCGCCUUUCAUGUCAGACGACGGCUCUAGCGAAGAGGAACACCCCAGCAUUUUCGCGACCCUGAGUGAAGAUCCUUCCACCAAUGUGAACUUGGAAGGCGAGAAGGGCGGCCUUGGCGGUCUUCUGGCUGCAAUGAGAAAGGGUAAAUCGAGAUAUGGAGACAAGAGCGUUGUCGGAGGCCACAACCGAGAUGCAGACAACGCCAGUAUCUCGAGCCGUCAUGCAAACCGAACACGGAGAAGGAAUCUUAGUGUGAGCAGCAUUACGCAUAGGCCAUCACCAAGACGAUCCAAGAGCAAUACGCUGUUACGGCCUUACACUGCUGGCUUUGGUGCAAGCGGACCAGCUUCGCAAUCUGGUACGCCACAACUACAGCCUUCCCCAACACCUACUCCACCUGGCACGAAAAUCACGCGUAGCUCCUCUAUCCAGGGUAGCGGCAUCCUGCCCAAGGUCGAGCUCAACAAAGCCAGCCUCGACCAUGCGCGCAAGCUGUUGAAGCAGAUGUUGCGUGAUGGGGGCGUGUCGCAUGUAUCGAGCUGGGAAAAGGCCUUAAUUCCAAUCCUGCGCAAAUGUACAGACGACGUCAGUCCAGAUGUUGAUAGAGGCGACGAUAUUGACGUUAGAAAUUACAUCAAACUGAAAAAGAUUCCCGGUGGAAACCCGCGCGACACGGCCUACGUCUCUGGGGUAGUUUUCACGAAGAACGUGGCACUGCGUAGUAUGCCCCGGAGUAUCCCAAACCCGAGGAUCAUUGUCAUCACUUUCGCCAUCGAAUAUGCACGGCAUCAGACGCACUUCAUGAGCCUCGAGCCUGUCAUUGCGCAGGAAAGAGAAUACCUACGCAACUUAGUCAACCGCAUCGCAGCUCUCCAGCCUCAUGUGCUACUAGUACAGCGCAACGUCUCUGGUCUCGCCCUUGAAUUCCUCGAAAAGGAAGGCAUCGCUGUAGUGUACAACGUCAAACCAAGCGUCUUGAAUGCUGUUGCGCGGUGCACAGGCUUGCGGAUGAUCUCAUCCGUCGACAAGCUCGCUAUCGACCCCGCUAACCUUGGGUAUUGCGAAAGUUUCGACGUCAAGACCUAUGUGUAUAAAACUACUAGGAAGACCUAUGUUUUUCUGUCUGGGUGUCAGAAAGAGCUGGGGUGUACGAUCGUCCUGCGUGGCGCCGAGAAUCAGGAACUAGCCAAACUGAAACGCGUCACAGAGUUCAUGACCUACGUGGUGUACAAUCUUCGGCUCGAGACCUGCCUCAUGCGUGAUGAGUUCAUUGAUACGCCUACCACCUCUAUCAUCGGCACUCUUGCCUCGAGCCACAACGAAGAAGACAAGUCCAAACAGCAGGGCGAUGGCGAUUCCAACGCUCAAUCUGUGACGGCCACGGCUGAUGAAACCAAGAAAGAUCACUCUGCGGACGACAUUGACUUUGGAGACGCUGCACCUUCGUACUAUAGUGACUUGGUAGAAAACCAUCGUACCAAAAUCCUCUCCUCUUCGCCGUUUGUCAAGUUUAUGCAGCCAUACCUGCUCGAACAGGCUCGCCAAUACGAACGAAAGCUUGGUCAUCUUCAGAGACUUAAAAGUCAAUACACAAUUGCCGACGAGGAAAAGCCUGACGAACCGGGACAAAAGUUUGAACUUGUUCAACCGAAGAUGGUUCAUACUGUGGUUGAGCGAGCCUCGAAGCAGGUGCGGGAGUUUUUGUCUGCGGUACAUGCUUCGGAGUAUGACAAAGCGUUGCAUCAAUAUAUGACACAAAAGCGGCAGUGGGAGCAGUAUCUGUCUGGCAACAUGGACCUCUAUGAUCCGUUCAACCACCAAAAGAUUGCCGUCUUGUACAGUGUCGUCAACACGGCUAAAGGGACUCCCUGCAUCGGCCCCGAGAUUAUCGCCCUAGGCUUCUACCAGGAACACGACUUUGACGACGGUUUUACACCCGAUUGCACUCUCGGUCAGUACGUGGAGCACCUCUGCUCUUCAGCUGGGGUUGUCUGCGAAGACGACGGUUGCAAUCGGCGGAUGCUAGACCAUUCUCGACAGUACGUACACGGCGAAGGGCAGAUGAGUGUCAUCGUGCAGAAGCAUCCACCCAAACUGAGAGGAAUGUAUCAAACCAUUCUUAUGUGGAGCUGCUGUAGGAUUUGUGGCCAGGAAACACAAGCAUUCCCAAUGUCUGAGUGGACAUGGAAGUACUCUUUCGCCAAGUACCUCGAGUUGACCUUUUGGAGCACGGGAUUGCAUCCUCGAGCCAAUAUAUGUCCUCAUGACAUUCACAAGGACCACGUUCGCUACUUUGGUUACAACAACGUCGCACUCCGCAUUCAAUACGAUCCGGUCCCAAUGUACGAAGUCAUUGCCCCGAAAGCAAACGUCACCUGGAAAGUCGAUAGCGACCUGAGAUUGAAGAACGACCAGUACUUAAUGAUCGAAGAGAAACUGGAUUGUUUCAUGGACUCGAUCCGCAAUCGCAUCGAGGGUAUCCAUGUCGAGAGCAUCAUUGGGGAGAAGGUUGAUUUGUGCAAAAUUGAGGUUGAGCGGCUCAUAAAUCGCGCGAACGAAGAGCAUGAAUGGCUGAAGAGCAAACUCCAAGCCAAGUACAUGGAAUCCAAGUACUAUGAGAUUAUUCCAAUGAACAGAGCCAUCCGCGCGAUCCAGGAGAAGGCCAUUGCCUGGGAUGAAACCUUCCAGGAUUUCGAGCAGCAGUUCUUCCCAUCCGAGAAGGACAUACGAAGACUGGCAGCUGUACAGCUUAGAAAAAUCUUGUUUGAACGGGAUGAGUCUACGAGCUCGCUAACAUCGGUUGAUGAAGGUACGGAAUCAGGUGCGGAAGACACAUAUAUCGAUGAGAAGGGCGAUUCCGUUGCCAUGCCCCCAAGGCCAUCCGACAUGUCGCCAGAGAUGGCUCACAACGUGCUGAGCUCUGUUGUGAAAGAGGAACAAUCAGAUGGCAACCAGCCAGGGGAUACUGGCAUCGUCUCGCCGGACCGCAUGACGACUACACCGCGGAAGAAUAGUGCAGAACUACCGAUACAAACAUCAUUGGAGGCUCUAGAGCGCGAAGAUGUGCGGCACUUGGACCUUGCGGUGUCGUCUAACUUUCCAGGCAAUCCACCUGCGGACGAGCAGCAGCUUAGAUCGCCCACGGCUGCUACCAGCGGUAGCCAAUUUGAUCAGGGAUCGCCUACUCCUACAACUCUUCCAAAACUCAACCCCAUCGACAAGUCUCUCGCAGACGCAAUUGAUAAUAUGCCAAGUUCACCAUCGCCCUUGCCAGCUUCUGAUACGCCAUCGGAAAGCAAGAUUCCCCGCUUGAUGGACAAUAGUCGACGCGAGCCUCCUGUGAGACCUGGUACAUUAGCCCGCACGCAAUCUCAGCCAGGUGGCAUUCCGAAACACAACCCGUUCCCCGGACCUUCUGUCUUUAACGGCGCCGUCCCCACUAAGCCAACCUUGAUUGACCAUGCGAAGGCGCUUGAACGCAUGACUGAGCGAUUAGGUAUUGGGUCAAUGAAGCAGAGCAAAACGACGUCGCGUAUCCCGCGCUCUAUUCCUUUCAGACCGACCAAGGUAUCGAAGCUCGCACAGCAUUUUGAGCAGCUCUCGCGCGAGUUUGAGAAGGAACGUUUGCGUGAGCGACGCAAUAACCGAAACAGGCAGGUGCGUGCAUAUCCUCUCGCAUCGUCUAAACCGGUUGUCGAAGUUUAUAAAGACGUACACGACGCUGUCCAAGAGUAUAAUGCGUCCGAUGAGGACAUGCAAGUCGACUCUCCUCCACGUGCCAGCAUGGACAACAGUACGUUAGGCGAUAGUACCGUCACUGAGACCACGGGUGGCGUUACGACAGCACCGCAUUCGCCGGUAGAAGAACGUCACCAUAGAUAUAUGCCUCAGCUGAAUGAGAGUGACGAGCUACCCAAAACGCCAACCCAUCCUCCAUCGGAUACUGAAAUGGACAACAGCGAUACUGAGAUCAUGCCCGAGGAUGUUCCCUUGCCGGACAGCAUCGCCAGCUCUCAGCUCCUUAACAUGAGCGACUCUCAACUUGAAAGCUCCCUCGAACUUCCGCGACAUGAGAAGAACACGCUCCUAAAGAUGCUCACGAGCUUUUGGUCAGAGCGCUCAGCCAGCGGAUGGACACCUCUUGACUACCCCUUCUCGCAAAUCGAGCAUGUCUGGGAGCAAUCCGACAUCAUCAUUCGAGAAGAUGAGCCUAGCUCUAUCAUUGCGUUGGCACUAUCUUGCCCCGAUUACGUUGUGAAGUUGCAGGAGUACCGCGAUGACCGCGCACCAUCUGAGAAGGGUGUUGGUAGAGUAGAAACCAUUGAGGACAACAUCGAGAGGAAUCUGCUGCAUGAAGAGAACCACAAUAUCCGGUAUACCUUCACAAAUCGUGGCGUCAAGGCACACUGUAAGAUCUUCUACGCACAGUCGUUUGAUGCUCUACGCCGCAAGUGUGGUGUCGCAGACCGCUUCGUUGAAUCGCUCUCUCGCUGCUCCAAGUGGGAUUCGAAGGGUGGAAAAUCCAAAUCUAUUUUCCUCAAGACACUCGACGACCGCUUCGUCCUCAAGUCCCUGUCACCAGUUGAGGUCCAGGCGUUCUUCAAGUUUGGUCCAAACUACUUUGCCUUCACGCACCAAAACCUGUUUAAGUCACUGCCUAGCGUCAUUGCAAAAAUGUUCGGUCUCUUCCAAGUCCAGAUCAAGACCCCUACGGGCCGGGACUUUGACUGGUUCAUGCUGGUCAUGGAGAACCUAUUCUACGACCGCGAACCUAAUCGGCGCUACGACCUCAAAGGCUCGAUGCGCAACCGCAAAAUUGAAUCCACCGGCGAGCGCGACGAAGUGCUCCUUGAUGAGAAUCUCGUCGACAUUAUCUACUCCGAGACCCCGAUCUUCGUCCGUGAACACACUAAGAAGCUACUGAAAGCUAGCGUCUGGAACGAUACGUUGUUUCUGUCUCAUAACAAUGUGAUGGAUUACUCGCUCAUGGCGGGCUUCGACGACACGAACCGCGAGAUCAUCGUCGGAAUUAUCGAUUGCAUACGCACAUAUACCUGGGACAAGAAACUCGAGUCUUGGAUCAAGGACCGCGGCAAGAACAAGCCCACAAUUACCUCACCCAAAGACUACCGCAACCGGUUCCGCAUCGCGAUGGAGAAGUAUAUUCUGCAGGCGCCUAAUUGCUGGCAUCAGUUCAGCGGCAGGAUCGUUGGCCAGGGCGUAGAGCGGAGGAGGUGGGUGCUUGAGGGUCCAGCGGCAGAUCGAGGGAAAGAUGUUGGGCACAAACGGAUGGCCAGUGGUAGUAGUACGGGAGGGGCGAGUACUGUGAGGGACAUGGGUACGAGGACAAUCAUGGAAGCUGAGGGGGAGGAGGGUGUCCGAAAUAAGGGAAUGAGAAUGAAGUAAGAUCAAUUAUAGUAUGCCUUGAAAGCGGCAUCGCAUAGCGCUGGCGUACGGGGUUUUUCAAAAAUUUGUGGGAUGCAUGGAUUGACCGGGUAGCACGCGUCGACGGGCGACAUAACAGCAAUCUAAUAAUGCGACAAGCUUAGUCUCCAAAGGCUUCAUUUCCAACCCUAGAACGUGAAUUUAAGCAGACGAAGAGAGUCAGUGUUGGUAAAUAGCGGAUGACAACUAAGUGAAAUCGACUCACACAAAGC